CACCUUUGACUUUGGCGUCAAGUCCUUGAAGGGUAUUGAGCGCCUGUUAUCACCAGAGAUGGGAGGCAGGACCACGUGGCUGCUCCCAGCUCUGCUCCUUCUCUUCUACCCAGGUUCAGCUGCCAUCACGGGUCCAAAAGCAGUGAGAGGCCUGGAGCGGGGCUCGUUGACUGUGCAGUGUCGAUAUGGCCCUGGGUGGGAGCCCUAUGUGAAGUGGUGGUGUCGAGGAGCUGACUGGGGCAGCUUCAAGUUCGUUGUUAAAACCACUGGAUCAGAGAAGGAGGUGAAGAAGGACCGUGUGUCCAUCAAGGACAAUCAGAAAAAUCGCUCAUUCACUGUGACCAUGGAGAAGCUCAGGCUGAACGAUGCAGACACUUACUGGUGUGGGAUUGAGAGAUUUGGAACUGACCUGGGCGUCCCAGUUAAAGUGACCGUUGACCCAGCGCCAGUCACCACGGGAGACACCAGAGGCCACCCCUCCGACGGCAGCAGGUCCCUGCUGGGCAGCGUCCACUUCCUGCUCCUGGUCUUCCUGAAGGUGCCCCUGCUCCUGGGCAUGCUUGGUGCUGUCCUCUGGGUCAACAGGCCUCAGAGGAGCUCUGUGAGGAGGCAGAGUUAGCCCCAUGAGAACCAGUAGUUCCAUGCUCUUCAAUGUCUUGUCCAAAGAGAAAGCCCCCCAAGUAGAAGAAUAAGAAAUUUUUAUCAGGAAAUGACUGUGGUCAGCAGUGACUGUGGUUCUAGAGGCAGCGUGGCCCUGCUUCAGGAGACAGUCCCCUAGUCCCUGGGAACCUGCAACUGUGAUGCUUGGGCCUCUGGGCCUCACUCUGGGGUCCCCCUUCUCUGUACAGCCUCCGGCCUUCCUUCUCUUGAGGCCUCCCACACAGGAAAAAAAAUACAAGGAGAAAUGCAAAAGAAAAUGCCUUUCCCCUGGGCCCAGUUGCUGGAGGGCAUAGAUAAUCUCAGGCCUGUGAGCCGCCUGCAAUGUAACGGACUAAUUUUUGCAUUCCAUGGGGUUCAGGGCUUCAAUAAAUAAUGGGUUUUGAAAUUCUAGACCCCACGGAAACAGAAAAACUGUACUAAACGCUGAUCAUGUGCCAACCACAAGUGAAGACAUGAAUCUACAAAUGAACAGAAGACUCUGGCACCCCUGCCCUGAUGUAUUUUUGCCACUUCUGUGGAAGGAAACCCUGGUACCAGCUCCAUCCCUCACCUCCUACGUGCAUGACUGAAGAUGAGCAUGGCCUCACAUCCCCUCCUGGUCACCAGAGCCCUUCCUGUUAAUAGCUCCAUAUUUUCUUUCCUCUUUUGCAUGUACUCAGUUUAACUGCUGCUUUCAUUUGGGGUACCGAGGGAGAUAACCUCAUGCAUUUGGGGGACUGUAGGGGUAUUCCAUCAAUCAGACACCAGAGUUAGAACAGACCAGCAACUGUGAGCUAGAGGUGCCUGGGGAGGGAUGAGUCUGGGAAUACGGCUCCUCAUCCUUUUAAAGAGCCUUAGACCAAGAUUCCUCAGAUGUGAAUUAAGCUCUUUCUGAUGGUUCAUUGUGGAGGAAAGGAGAGGGCACCAGGAGCUCCUUAAUGAAGAGAAAAGGACAGCUGUUCCCUUCCUCUUAAGCUUUGACUUCUGGGCAGCUUCAAGACCAAAGAGGGAGGCCCCUAGAGCAGAGGGACCACUGAGCAGGGGUAGGAGAAGCAUGGGCAGCCCAGGCCAGGAAGGACAGCUUAGGACACAGCUGGAGGAGACCUGGUCUGCAGGGAGACCCUGCUCCCUGCUGGGGCCCUGACACCCGAGCCAAGCAGCCCCUCACUUAAACUCCCUCUGCACUAUGCUUGGGCCCCAAGUCCCCCUUUUACCUUCUUAUUUUUAACAAAGUAUUUAAACCGCUGCUUCCCUGCCCUGAAAGACGACGGCUUUUGCAUCUUACCUAACUUUGCCCUCCCUCCUCUUUCUAGUACUGAUUUGUUUAGUGUAGUAUUUUUGU